CAAACAUAAAUGCGCUUCUAAAGUUAAGGGAAAGAUGCCUAUUUUUAUAAAAGAUGUUUCUUGGUCAGAAACAGAAGGAAAUAUCUCCAUUAAUGUUGCUUUCAAUAACGUAAACAAGAAGAAUCUUUCAAUUUUAUCAUCUAGUCAAUACUUAAAGAUAAGUCAUCCGCCUUUCUUUUGGGAAGCGUUUUUAAAAAAAGCCAUCGAUAUCAAGAAGUGCAACGCUUUCGUCGGAGAUAAUGCCAUAUCAUUUGCUCUCGUCAAACGAGAGAAAGGUCUUUGGAAAAAUCUGUAUCAUGAAAAUUCAGAAGACAGAACUCACUGUGAAAAGAUGAGGAAAGAAGCUCUACAAGAAAUAGAGGAGACUGCAAAAAGUGAUAAAAAUCAGAAAAAAGUUGAGAAAUCAGAGAGAGAGAGAUUGGCUGUUAGAUUACAGAUGGAGCUGGAGGCAAAUGAUAGAAAACGCAUAGAGAAAAUUAAAGAAAAUGAAAGAAAUACCAUGAUUAAAGAAAUUGAAGAUUGCAAAGAAAAAUCAGUUAACUUAAAAAACAAGGAAAUCAAUAGUAAAGCAAAAGAAAGGAUUUCAAAAAAGUCUUCGAAAAAUACUUUCAACAAAUACCACUUGACAGUUCGUCCAUCCACAGGAGAAUCUUUAGAAUCGGUGGCUCCACCACGUUCUUCUGCCACAAUUAAUGUCACUUUUACACCUCGAGAAUUUCCAACUGCUGCCAGAGAAUCAAGAAAGGAAGAGGAAGAAGAGUGGUUGAGGAAACAAGCAGAAGCUAGAAAAUGCAACGAAUUGGAAUUUGCUGAUUUGCGUCCAGAAGAGAGAAAUCCUCUUUGGCUCAAAGAUAAAGGAGAUGAUUUUUAUUCCAAAGGAGAUUAUAAAUCAGCCAUAAACACUUAUACUUUAGCUAUAAAAUUGUGUCCAAAUUUAGCUAGUUUAUAUUCAAACAGAGCAGCUUGUCACUUACAAAUUCAGAAUUUGCACAAGGCAAUCGAAGAUACUUCAAGAGCUUUAGAAUUAUUGACUCCGGCAGUUCAAGAAAAUUCUUCCACAAGAUUGAAAUGUCAUAUCCGAAGAGGAACAGCUUUUUGUAAAAUGGAGAUGUAUGCAGAAGGUCUUCAAGAUUAUGAAGAAGCUUUAAAGAUUGAUCCAAAUAAUAGAGAGUUAUUAGAAGAUGCAAAGAAAAUCAGAAAAACAAUUCAGGGUUUUAGUGGUUAAAUUUUUAUAAAAAAAAAGACAACAAGGUUAUUUAUUAACAUUUAUUAUUAUUAUUUUUUUCUUUAUGUUUACACAGGAGUGUUUGAAUUUCUAUUUAUGGAAACAAAGAUGAUUAGACUCAUUGCUAUUUUAUAUACAAAAGUAGUUAAAAAUUCUCAAAGUUUGAGGUUUAAUAUUGUCAAAUACAAAAAUAUUUUCUGUUUUAGAAAAACUAAGUAUCAAAGUGUUGUCAAAAUUUUCUUACAUAAUAUUAAGAAUUUAUGAAAAUUUUUCUUUAACAAAUUACAAAAUUUCUUAAUUCUGCAAAAGUACAAAAUGUUUUUCAGAGUGCAUUCUUAUCAAACUGUGAUAGUAAUUACAAAAUUCUAAUUUGAAAAGGAUGUUUCCAAGAAUAAUUUUUCUUUUACUUCAAUAAAUUAUCAAAUUUCUUGUAUUUUCAAUACAGUAAAUCACAAUUUUAUAUAAACAGUAUA